AUGUCAGAAGUUACUCAAUAUGUCCCUUGGAACAAUUUAGGUUCUUCAGGUUUAAAAAUUUCCAAAAUUAUUAUUGGAUUCAUGUCAUUUGGUUCAAAAGAAUAUUGGGAAAAAUGGGUUAUUGAUGACAAAGAAAAAAUAUUUGGUAUCUUAAAGAAAGCUUAUGAUCAUGGUAUAAGAACUUAUGAUACUGCUGAUACUUAUUCAAAUGGUUUAUCAGAAAAAAUCCUUGGUGAAUUUUUAACAAAAUAUAAAAUUAAAAGAGAUAAAGUUAUUAUUCUUACAAAAGUUUUCUAUCCAAUUGAUGAUGAAGAAUAUCCUGUUGGUUUUAAUGCAUUAGGUGUUAAUUAUGGUUCUGAAUUGGAUAAAAUCAAUUUUGCAAAUAAUCAAAGAUUAUCAAGAAAACACAUUAUUGAUGCUGCUAAAAAAUCUGUUGAAAGAUUAGGUACUUAUAUUGAUGUUUAUCAAAUUCAUAGAUUUGAUCAUUAUACACCAAUGGAAGAAACUAUGAAAGCUUUAAAUGAUGUUGUUGAAGCUGGUUAUACAAGAUAUAUUGGUGCUUCAUCAAUGAGAGCUGUUCAAUUUGUUCAAUUACAACAUACUGCAGAAAAACAUGGAUGGAGUAAAUUUAUUUCAAUGCAAAGUUUUUAUAAUUUAAUCAAUAGAGAAGAUGAAAAUGAAAUGAAUUUCUAUUGUGAUCAAACUGGUGUUGGAUUAAUUCCAUGGUCACCAAUUGCAACUGGUGUUUUAGCAAGACCUGUUCCAAAAGAUGAAUCUGAAUUUACUGAAAGACAUGCAACAACUGGUUUUAAUGAAUAUUUAGGUCUUGAUAUUACAAGAGGUGAUCCAUCAAAAGAAUCUGAAGUUGAAACUAUUGAUAGAGUGGAAGAAUUAUCCAAGAAAAGAGGUGUACCAAUGGCAGCUAUUGCAACUGCUUGGGUUAUUUCAAAAGGCGCUAAUCCAAUCAUUGGAUUCAGUUCUGAAAAAAGAGUUGAUGAUGCUAUCUUAGCUACUCAAUUGAAAUUAACUGAUGAAGAAAUUAAAUAUUUGGAAGAACCUUAUAAACCAAAACAAAGAAUCUUUUCAUCAAUUUAA